AUGUCUUCAACUGCCUCUUCGAGUGCCCCUUGCGAAGUCUGUGCGCACCCGGCAAGCAUGCAAUGUAGCGGAUGUAAAAAGUCACGCUACUGCAGUCCAGAGCACCAGACACGGGCAUGGAAGAAGCACAAGGAUCUGUGCAAGCUCUACAAAGCUGCUGCCCGACCAGAUGGCUCGAUGCCACCGCGUGUCAUGUACUGUGGACUAUGUGGCAAGAGCGACGGGCCACUCACCAAAACGGAGUGUUGCGGCGAGACUAUAUGCGACGACUAUGACAAGUAUGUCAUGUUCACGUACAGCCGCGAUAGCUGCAGAAGGAACCACGACCGCUAUACACUCUGCAUGCUCCAUAAGAACGAAGGCCACAAGAGUAGCGAUUGGAAGACGUGCAUCCAGUGCCGGUACGGGAUUGAUGAUAUAGAGAACUAUGUCUGGUUUGGAACAAACCAGUUCAACUUUGAGACGCUGCCCCACCCGCCCGCGUUCCCGCACAAAUUCUGCGACACGUGCCACAAACCUGUCAAGCAGAAUACCAUGGACUACUCCCGCAGUCGUAACGGCGGUGUGACAUGCGGACCCUGUGUGGACGGUGCGAGCUGGAAGGGGCUACCCCCAGGCGUCAGACCCCGGCAGGUAUUCAGAAUGGGAGGCGGGGGCGCGUUCCCCAACAAACCGGUCUAA